AUUCUGAAAUCGAUAUACUGAUAAACAAGCGUGGUUUGUUUUGGUGUUAUUGGAAUCGCGUGGUACGGUUGGUUUGUGUUUAUGAACGGUAUUAAUGGUUCUUUAAAAAAAUCUGAAAGUUUUGCGGUGCUCUCGAUAAUUUAGUGCAAAAUUGCUUCAUUUUGUGUGAUUGAACGUGAUUCGGCAUUGUUACUAAAUAGUGAAUCAGGAUUUGAAAAUCUAGGUUGUAAAUUGUAGUGGAUGAGAGAUCGUUUGUGCAAAACAGAAUACGAUACGACGAAUUUAUAACGUAGUAUUGUUCAAUUAAACUACUUGAUCGAUUCCUAACUAGAUCCGUUUCCGUGCAUUCAUUCAAAGUUAAUUCCAGACUUGAGAGUAUUAUCGAGCUUUAUUUCCGGUUAACUUUUAAAAAAAAUUCACGACGUGGAUGAGGAAACCAUCUAUCCCGUCAGGGUGCCGUAUGUCGAAGUUCCUAAAGUUCAGUUUCACACCACCAGAAAAACACGUUGAGGGCACGGAACCUUACACGGCCUAACUUUUUUUCCGGAGAGUUUUUCAUAACACGUUUUCCACCGGAAAAAGGAUAUCCGGUCCGGGAAGAUUGAAGAAGCGACCAAACGACAGGCCCCAGCUGAACAAUAGAUUAUGGUUACCGGCGAACGGCAGCAGCAGCAGCAGCCGGCAUCCUCAGAAACACAGUAAAAUUUCUGUAUCACCGCUCUACGGACAUCGGGGUAGUGCCGUCAGCAUCGUGACGACGCGCAGAUAGACAGUGUGAGAAUACCCUUUACGCGGAAGAUCCAUCCGAACAUACCCCAGCUGACGUCUUGGGACCAUUCCAUAUAUUAUCGUCAUCGUCUUGUGAGUCAUCGUUGCCGUUUGGUACUGUCGUCAGCUUUGAACUUACAGAACCAUGUCGGCCAGCGAAGGGACAGUACCUGCUAGUGACAGUGACAAGGCCAGUGGCGGAAGGCCAAAGUUGGCAGGAUUCGAGUUCUAUGAGAAAGUUUUAGGAUCACCAAAGUAUGUGGUGGCCCCUAUGGUGGACGCCAGUGAACUGGCUUGGCGGCUGCUGAGUCGUCGGCACGGUGCCCAGUUAUGCUACUCGCCCAUGUUUCACAGCAGCUGCUUCACAAAGGAUCACAAGUAUCGGAAAGACUCGCUGCAGACCUGUCCGGAGGAUCGACCACUCAUCAUACAGUUUUGUGGCAACGAUCCGAAGGUGCUGCUGGAAGCCGCUCUACUCGCUCAGGACCACUGCGAUGCCGUCGAUAUCAAUCUUGGUUGUCCGCAGGCGAUUGCCAAACGAGGCCACUACGGUGCCUUCCUGCAGGACGAAUGGGAUCUACUUAAAGAAAUCGUGAACACUCUCCAUAAGCAUCUUGAAGUUCCGGUUACGUGUAAGAUUCGAAUUUUCGAAGACAUCAACAAAACCAUCCGUUACGCAAAAAUGCUGGAAGAGGCCGGUUGUCAGAUGUUGACAGUCCACGGGAGAACCCGAGAACAGAAGGGACCACUAACCGGAGUUGCCGAUUGGAAGUAUGUGAAAAAAUUGAGGGAAAUUCUGAAAAUACCGGUCCUAUCCAACGGAAACAUCAUGUCAGUGGAGGACAUUCAUCGUUGUUUGGAGGAAACGAACGUCAACGGAGUUAUGACCGCCGAAGGUAACCUGUUCAAUCCAUUUUUGUUCGAAGGAAUUCAUCCACCUGCUUGGACGGUAGCCUAUGAGUAUCUGGAUAUCGUUGAAAAGUACCCGGCUCCCGUCUCCUAUAUCCGAGGACAUCUUUUCAAAGUGUUUCAUCACCUCAUGAAUCUAGCAUCCAAUGCGACUCUGAGGGAAGAAAUGGCCGUUUGUCACAAUGUGACAGAAUUCCGGUCCAUUGUCAAGCUCCUGGAGGAAAAGUAUCUUCCUUUCCACGAGGGCCGUCAACGAUGGACUGGUGAAGCUUUGACGCUGUCGCCGUUAGGAACUCCGUUGAAAUUGGACUACAACCUCUCGUUACCUCCCUGGUUGUGUCAACCGUACAUUCGGGCUCCUCCGGAGGUGCACCGACAGAAACUGGAGGAAGCCUCCCGGAUGGCGGCUGAUCCAAACCGUGAAAAAAGAGCAUUCUACGAUCAGGAAGGUAAUGAAAUUUCGCGCAAAAAAAUGAAGAAAAUGCGACGAGUGCAACGAAGACCCAACCGAGCCGGCUUGCUACCGGGAGAUCCAGAUAGAGACCCCGGACGAAGAUUUGACGAGCUUUGCAAAAACAGCAAAAUCGAAUGCACUAACCCAAUGGGUUUGAAAUGUGAUCAGAAUCUGUGUCGUAUAUGUUGCAAGCACAGAUGUUUUCACGAGAAUCUGGAUUGCAUUGGACACAAACUAUUUAUCAAAUCACGCCGGAACAAGGCAAUUACGCUUACUGCUUUAGAGAAAGAGCAAGAAAGAAACAAUGGGGAUUAUCAACAGCAAGCUCCCGAGAAGGUGGUGCUAGAGAGUUGAUAUCAUGUUUAUGCUGGGAAAGGUGUCUUUAGUUUUGUUUAACUAAUUGAACUGAUCAUUAGAAAAUGUAUUUGAUUUUUUUGUAGUU